GAAGAGUCCUAUCACUUGCACUCCCUUCAAGCAAGACCGCCACAGACAUUCUCAACCCUGACAGCAAUGUCACCUCCAAGCUCUACAGACCUGAAAAAGACUAAGUCAAAGAAGAAUAAGGAUCAUCAUUACACAGACGUGCACGGCCUGCCAUGCAUUGAGAAGAUCCUGACUUCUGUGGAUGAGACCCCAGAGGCCAUCAGCACUAAUAUCAUUGGAACUAUCCCAGAGUGGAUUAGUGGCAAUUUCCUCAGAAACGGACCAGGAAAGUUUGAGAUUGGUAAUAACAAAUUCAACCACUGGUUUGAUGGAAUGGCCCUCCUGCAUCAAUUCAAAAUCGCGGGAGGCCAGGUGACCUACAAGAGCCGCUUCCUGGGCAGUGACUGCUACACAGCUAACAGUGAGAACAGCCGCAUCGCUGUGUCUGAAUUCGGGACUGUGGCCAUGCCAGACCCCUGCAAGAACUUCUUCCAACGCUUUCUGUCCCGUUUCGAACUGCCAAAAGCGUCAGAUAAUGACAAUGUGAGCUUUGUGACGUACAAGGGUGAUUACUAUGUGAGCACGGAGACAAACUUCAUGCACAAGGUGGACCCUGAGACACUUGAGACAACGGAAAAGGUGGACUGGAGCAAAUUCAUUGCUGUCAAUGGAGCCACUGCCCACCCCCACACAGACCCUGAUGGUACAACAUACAACAUGGGGAAUUCUUACUCUGCUAAAGGUGCAAUUUACAAUAUCAUCCGUGUGCCUCCGACAAGGACAAUGCCAGAAAACCCAGAGGAAACCCUGGAGGGAGCUACAGUGGUCUGUUCUAUUCCUUCAGUGGACAAGGCAAGACCUUCAUACUACCACAGCUUUGCAAUGUCGGAGAAUUACGUGGUGUUUAUUGAGCAGCCUAUCAAAAUGGACCUCUUGAAGAUUGUGACAGGCAAGCUGAGAGGAAAGGGUAUCAGCGAUGGGAUCUACUGGGACCCUAAACUUGAGACCAUCUUUCAUUUGAUUAACAAGCAGACAGGCAAGCUCAACUCAGUCAAGUAUCAUGCCAAAGCGCUGUCCACAUUCCACCAAAUCAACGCCUGGGAGGAGGAUGGCUUCCUGGUUAUGGACCUCUGUGCCGCAGACGAUGGCAAAGCCAUCAACAACUACAUUGUUCAGAACAUGCGCAAGUCAGGAGCGGCGCUGGACGAGGUAUACAACACUAUGUGCAGAGUGUUUCCCCGGCGAUUUGUUUUGCCUCUCAACGUAGACAAGACACCCUGUGGGCAAAAUCUGAACACACGCCCUGACAGUACCGCCACUGCCACCAAGACUGCUAAGGACAAGGUGUUCUGUACACAUGAGGAUCUGCACGAUGAGGAACUCCAUGCGUAUGGUGGUCUUGAGUUCCCACAAAUCAACUAUGCCAAGUACAACACCAAACCAUAUCGCUACUUCUACGGUUGUGGUUUCAGACAUCUAGUAGGAGACACUCUCAUCAAGAUGGACCUCCAAGGCAAAAAAAUGAAGGUGUGGGAGCAUCCUGGACUGUACCCUUCAGAGCCUGUGUUUGUACCCUUGCCUGGCGCUACAGAAGAGGAUGACGGUGUCAUUAUGUCUGUGGUCAUCACUCCAAAUAAGGACAAGAGCACAUUCCUGUUGGUUUUGGAUGCCAAGACAUUCAAAGAGUUGGGCAGAGCGGAGGUGCCUGUGAACAUUCCCUAUGGUUUCCAUGGGACAUUCAACUCCACUAUGACUCAGAAGGUGUGACUCCAAGUUUCUGGCCUCCAUCAAUAUGUCUUCCAACUCCCUAACUUGUGAAGCAUCUAUUGCAGCCCUCUCACUGUAGGAAACAAAGGCACUAUGUAUGAUCGACAUGGUGUGUACAGAUUUCAAGAAAAGCAUAUUCACCUAAUGCUUGUUAAUCAUAAUAAAAAAAUGUGUGUAUGCAGUAAAAUUGCCUGGGUACUUAAAGUAAUAUGUGAUGUGGGCAAAGCACUGAAAUUUAAACUCAUGUGGUCUGACAUUACAAAGAAUGGAAUGAAAACCUGUUCAACACGUUUGUCACGUUACCUUUGUUGUACCUACCUCAACAUUUCAGAGUAUUUGGAAAAUAGCAUGUUGACCUCUC